AUCAAACUUGAGGCAUAUAUCACAUUCAUGUCGUGUGACUAGUCUAACGUGGGUGAUUAAGAUCCCUUCAAGACUACAUCACAACCAUCUGUUGAAACCUCAAUUGAGACAGACGCAGCAAACCUGCGAGCCUUCCUCAAACCAGGGAAAGAUAUUCUUUAGGUGCUUCUCAGGCACGUGAGUACUCAUACUUUAUUUACCGAAACCAAUAACACAUCCUUCUUGAGCGCGGUGUUAUUAAAUUCGAUCGAUCAUAUCAAAAAUGGCGGAUGAACUUGCAGAAAUCCUAAAGGAAAAGGCAAAGCAAGCAAUUGGCGUCCAUUCUUCAGACCUAUAUGAUCUGAGCAAAGGAAUAUGGAAGAACCCACAACUGAAUUUUAAGGAAACGUAUGCUCACGAGCUACUAACGAAGUUUUUGGCGGAGCAUGGUUUCUGUGUUACUCCUCAUUACACUUUGGAUACGGCUUUCCGAGCUGAGUGCGGAGAGGAUGGAGGUCUAACAGUUGGUAUUAUCAGCGAAUAUGAUGCUUUACCAGAAAUAGGACACGCUUGUGGACAUAAUCUGAUCGCUGAAUCAGGAGUAGCAGCAGCUUUGGGUCUGAAAAUUGCAUUGGAUUCAGUAAAUCAGAAACCCAAAGUCAAAAUUGUUCUUCUUGGAACUCCUGCUGAGGAAGGAGGAGGGGGAAAGAUUUUGAUGAUCAACAAUGGCUGCUUCAAAGAUCUUGACUUCUGUAUGAUGGUUCAUCCUGCCGAUAUAGAUGAGCUUAAACCUCCAUGUUUAGCAAUCGAACAAGUCAAAGUUACUUACCAUGGUCAUUCCUCGCAUGCUGCCGCAUCCCCUUGGAAAGGAGUCAAUGCAUUGGAUGCAGCAGUCAUAGCCUAUACGAGUAUAAGUGCAUUGCGACAGCAGAUGAAGCCCAAAUGGAGCGUUCAUGGUGUUAUCACGGAGGGAGGUGUGAAGCCAAACAUCAUUCCUGAUCGCGCACAGAUCCAAUACUACAUCCGAGCUCCGACCGACAAGGAACUUGAUGUCUUGAAAGAAAAGGUCAUAAAUUGUUUCGAAUCAGCAGCCACGGCCACAGGAUGCACGGUGUCUAUUGAAUGGGAUCCAAAACGUUACUCCAGUUUGGAUACAAAUGACACACUGGCAGAUCUCUAUCAAGCCAAUGUCAUGACCUUGGGAGUAGCGUUCAAUCCUCCAAAGAAAGAACUGAGUGGCUCAACAGAUAUGGGAAAUGUCUCCCAAAUAAUCCCGUCAAUCCACGUUAUGUACGGUAUUGGCAGCGACGCUGUGAACCAUUCUCAUGCAUUUACUUCAGCAGCAAUAACGGAGAUUGCCCACGAGAGAACUUUGAUUGCAAGCAAGGCGAUGGCCAUGACUGCUAUUGAUGUUCUGUGCAAUCCCGAAUUUAUGCAAAAAAUCAAGAAGGACUUUGAUAGAACACACAGCCUCUGACCAAGAUACGCUUCAGCUAAUACCAUGCCGCAAAAUGGGUACAAUUAAGGCAUUUUCAUAUAAACCAUCCCAAAUCAAGACUAUUUUGUAAGAUUCCCCAGAUCUGUUGAUAUAACAUCCAACCGACAGACACUUGUUUCUAGCAAAUAGUCAAACCUGUAAUCGAACCAGGCGCUGUAUACUUGCUUAGCCCCAAAUUUGAUCCUGAAUGUAGCAACAACUAAAAAUUGUGUCAUUACUAUAAGCUAUCUCAGUUUUAAAAUGGUAAUUUUUCAUAUUUCAUCCAGUUGAACUGAUAUAGUAGCGUACAUUUCCAAUAUAAUCACUGCUGCUGAGCUUUGAACAACAAUGAACAAUAUUUUGCGAUUUUAUCAUUUGGCGAAAAGUUCGUGUGACAAUCACGCAACACACUUGGAUUCGUGACCACAAUUCGCGCCUUGUCCAUCGCACGCGCCACCCUCGCAUCAUUUUCUUAUUAAGCAAUAGGAAAAAAAAAUAA